CGACGCGUUCCAUAGUUAGGUAUUUAAUUGUUUUAUUUAUGAUUGUAACCACUAUUGCGAUAUGUAUCCAUAACUUGUAUUAAAUAUUAGUAAACGAUCUUCAAAAAUGUUUUGCAUGUGAAUGUAGUUGCGUAUGUGACGUCACUACCACCGCAUCGGCGGCGCAAGCGCGGCCACCUUCAGUCUUUUUAAGUCUUUGUCUAGCCGUUAUCACGAGCGCUUUAAUUGACCGGUAAAAUUUGUAUUUUCGUGUGCCUGUUUUCAAUAUAAACCCGUAAAGUGUUUUUCCGGCCUUUUUACUUCCUACACCACACUCCCGUUAGUUACAAAGUGGUCCUUCGAGCCGGAUUCUAAAUGUUUCACACGCCAAAAACGGACGGUAAAAUGGUGAACACACGGAGUGCUGUGAAACGCGAAUUAGUGAAGAAAGGGUGUGAACCUACGGGAAGUCAGUCGCUGAGGAGGCAUGCUGAAAGCGAACCGCCUAAAAUUGAAGAAAUUGAGCCGCAAAUGGAACAGAAGAUGAUGCUUAGCCGAACAUUCGCAGUUGAGGGUAGCACGAGGUCGGCACCGAACGGUCGAGUAACGGCCGCCGCCGCCGGUUCAAAAACUGUUGCUAAGUCGACGUCAUCAUCUUCAAUAGCUCGCAGAAAAAGGUUAGAGUUGCAGGCAGCUGAGGAAAAAGCGAAGAUACAAAUGGAACUGAUUGACAAACGGCUACAGGCAGAUAUUGCCGAUUUGGAAGAUGAAGAAAAUUACAGUCCACAGCCGUCAGAAGGCAAAUCCAAUGAAGAAAUCGAGAAGUGGUUGGACCGCAGUCACCAGCAGCAAGCACAGACAGCACUAACAGCACAGCCUGCCCACGAUGAUGGCUUGUACUCGGGCGGGCCGCGCCCACCGCCGGCACCCGCGGCAGCUCACGCCGACGCCGCCGGCAGCGAAGGGACAGUGCAAAUGUUGGCCAGUGCACUACAGAAAAUAGCUACUGCUGUGGCUUCUAAUGCAGUUUCCCGCUCAUCAAGGAUGCAGCUCCUGGGCGGACCCGCCUGGAGAUUCUCGCCGAGUUCCUGCGCGACGAGGCUGUGAAGAUAACGUCCACGGCAAACCUAAGUGUAUUGUGCCCGCGAAGUGAUAAAUAUAAA